GUAGAAGUAAACUGCGAAUAAUUUCCUCUACAAAUGUUAAUUUUCACUGCUUAACAUACCAUCCUAGAAGAUUUUGGUGUUACUAUCAGUACUCAUUAGUUGUUUUGAAAAGAUAAUUCGUGCUCCUAAAUGGUGUCUCGAUCCCUAUGGAGACUGAAGCAGCUCAGCCAGAAGAGGGGCCCAAGACGGAUGCUCCGGCCCGAACAAAAAAACCUGCCAUGGAAAUCUACGUGCCCAAGAAACGCCAGGCCGAGAAGAUGGAGAAGCCUCAGGCAGGCGGUGACAAGAAAACCAGACCCAGGCCCCGGUACACCGACAAGGCCCGCAAGAACAAGAAGGAUAAAGCCAAAGCGACAGAGACCCCAAACGGAGAGGAAAAAACGGAUGACGGGGGGCGGGAGGAGGAGGGAGAUGAAGAAAACCUAAACAUGCACACAGAAAAAGAGGAGGAGUCUAGAGAUGAUACGGACAAUGUAUCCAGAACUAUGAACACACCAGAGGACACGGGUAGUGCACUAGAACAUGAUGGGGUGCCAAAAGAGGAGGAGGAGGAGGAGGAGGAGGAUGAAGGGGAGAACUGGGAUUCUUUGUUUAAUGAUGAUGGGGACUGUCUUGACCCACAUUUAAUGGAGGAGAUGUCUCUUAAGGAGGGGCGUAAGAAGCCGUCUGCGCAGGAGCCGCGCUUCGACUGCUAUAAUUGGACACCGGAGAUGGAAGAGGAGGUGGAGCUUCGGGACGAUGAGCUGUCGCACAUCGUGGAGAUUUACGACUUCCCGUCUGAUUUCAAGAUGGAGGACUUGAUCAGAUCCUUCAGCUCGUUCCAGCAGAAGGGGUUUGACAUCAAGUGGAUUGACGACACGCAUGCCCUCGGUUUGUUCUCCAGCCCCAUCGCAGCUCGUGAUGCUCUGGGGAUGAAGAACCCCAUAAUGAAGAUCAGGCCUCUCUCCAAAUCAUCAAACGCCACUAAAGCCAAAGCGCGCAGCUGCUCCGAUUAUCUGCUGCCGGCUAAAGAGCGUCCUGAGACGAGUGCUGCUCUGGCGCGCCGCCUGGUGAUCGGGGCUCUGGGUGUGAAGAGUAACCAGACCAGAGAAGAUCGAGAGGCAGAGAGGAACAAACUACGGCAGGCCAGAGAACAAAAGCAUUUGGCUGCUAAGCAGCGUGAAGACGCCUGGGAGGGCAAAUGAAGAUACAGCAGGACUACUGUCAAACCAGCACGGACUGAACCAAAGCCACAAGAACAGGGAAACGGGUUCAUCGAAGCAAAGUCUGAGAGCCACACAAACUUCAACAGGGACGUUUUGUAAUUUUAUAUCUUUCCUCUUGAGAUUCACUUUGAACUGUGAACUUUGCCCUGUAAAUGUUUAUAAUUGUUUUCAGUUUUAGAAAGGCCAUUUUAAUGUAUUUUUGUUGAAUAAUGUUUUUCUUUUUGGAGACUAAAACAAACCAGAUCACGUCAGUGUGAUUUCACUUUCCAUAUUUUGGUUUUCAUUUUUUGCUUCAGUAAAGAGAAACCUCGACACUGAGAGCUGAUGAUGUCUUACAUGCCACUUUUUUGUUUUUAUAUGAGUGAAUCUCAAAAUAAAAAGGAAAUAGGAAAGAUGGUUUUGCUUUAAAAAAAAAAUUAGGUCAAGCAUCAUGGUGGUAUUUGUACUGCCAUAAAUUGCAGAUUUUUCAAUGAAAAACUGAAAUACAGUGACUAUUUUGUAAAUCGUAUGGAAGCCCGUUUCUGCCACUGUACACAUAUAUAUAUAUAUAUAUAAAAAAAAGGUUAUUGCAACUCUUUCUCAUAAUUCUGACUUUUUUCACAGAAUUGCGUGAUAUAAGCUCAACUGCGAGUUAUAAAGUCAGAAUUACAAUUUAUAGUUAUAGUUUUUAAAACUCGCAAUUCUGACUUUUUUUCUCGCAAUUGCGAGUUUAUAUCUAGUUUAUAUCAGAACUGUGAGAUAUAAACUGGCAAUUGCGAAAUAAAGUCCAAUUUUGAGUGUGGUGGGGGGGGGAGACUGAUAUGUUCACAGAAUUGCGCGUUUGUAUCUCAUAAUUAUGACUUUUUAACUCACAAUUACGAGUUUAUAUCACGCAAUUAAGAGAAAAAAAGUCAGAAUUGUGAGAUACCUUUUUUAUUUUUUAUUCAGUGGCAGAAACGGGCUUCCAUAAAAUCAUAAGUUGUUUUUUUUCCCUUUUUUUUGUAAAAAUGAUUAAAAGUCCAUUGUGAAUAUUGUAUUUAAUGCCGGUCAAGUCUUUUGCAAACCAUCAGCACAAUCUAACAGAACUUUUCUUAUGUUCAGUGGCAUAGCUAAGGUUGGGCAUGGGCCCACUCACUUUUUAACUGUGGCCCACCCAAAGAGAAGUUUGUAAGUUUCCAAAUGGAUGUAAUUUAUUAAACGUUAAUAAUGAUAAACGUCUUAUUUUACUGUAACUUUAUAUAUUUACUUACAAAAAAUAUCAAACUUGAGUUUUCAUGGUCAAUUACGGGCAGUUUCUUAGUUUUCACUCUUUCUAUUGGUGCAUCAUACACUUAUCAAAAUGAUGAUUCGUCAGUUUUUGUUAGUCCCACCCACAAUGUUAUGUUUAUGAAUUUGCGCGUUUAGUAAAGUUGAAUUUGAAAAUACCUGCGGGUGAUGGAUUUAUUGAUCGGAAACAUCUGUACUAAGUGUGUUUGGAGCAUCAUAUUAGCAUAGGUACAGUUUUAUGUUUCCAUCCACCUAUUUUUAUGCGCAUUUUGGAAUAUCGCAUUUAAAAAACGCUGGAUGGAAACGUCAAGAUGCGCAUAAAUUCUAAAAAUGGGCAUAAAGAACUCAUGCGCACAACUGAGUAGGAUAAACUUUUUAUCUGACAAGAAAAAAAUGUGCAUAAACUACGAUGGAAACACAUUUACCAAAUAAAUUCCUCCAUGCGCAUUGAAAAAGUCAUGUGACUUUGCGUUAUGUGACGGGAUAACUUGACUAGCAAGCUAUGGGUUUUUUUUAGGUUUUUUUUAGAGAUAAUUAGUGCCAGUUUAUCAGGAAGUGACAACUUUGUUCUCUUUGAUUCGUUGGAUGGAAACGGUGCUUUAUUCGCAAAUGUUUUAAUGCGACAAAAUUCCAGUUUUGCGCAUAAGUUAAAUUCGCAUUUUUGCAUGGAAACAUGUUUGAUUUGCUAAACAGAUGCGUCCUUUGUGGAAAGAAACAUAAAUGUUGCGCUAGAUAACUGUUUGUCCACAACAAACUGCAUAUUUGCAGCUGCGCUCAUUUCUCCUCGAUAUUUAACGUUAUUCUCCUUUGAACGCGAACCGACAAAAACAGUUGAUUAUGAGAUCGCCCCCUAGUCUCAGACUGAGUAAUGCUUUACAAUAAACUUCCUUUAGGUAACGUUAGUUAAUGCAGUGACUAAUAUUAAAAAUGAGCAAUAUACAUUCGUUACAGUGUUUAUUAGUCUUUGUUAACGUUAGCUCAGGUGCAAAUGUUAACAGAUACUACUUUUUAUUUAAUAAUGUAUUAGUAAAUUUUGAAAUUUCAUUCAUGUUAAUGCAUGCUUUAGAAGUGUUGUGGACCUUAAAGAACCUUUGCGCUGUAUUUUCUGUUUGCAAUUUGACAUGCAUUUUUUGUACGCUACACUUUUCCCACCCUGUUUUAUGUCAGUGUGAUUUCACUUUCCAUGUUUUGGUUUUCAUUUUUUGCUUCAGUAAAGAGAAAAGUCGACACUGAGAGCUGAAGAUGUCUUACAUGCCACUUUUUAUUUUUAUAUGAGUGAAUCUCAUAAAAUCUGUCAACUCAAAAUAAAAAGUUUGCCCACCCUGUUUUAUGUAGGCCCACCCACUUAAAUAUUUCUGGCUACGCCCCUGAUUAUUACUGUAAAUAUUGUGCUGUUAGCAUUUAUCUCCAAAAGAUUGUGUUCACUAAACUAACAGACACUUUUUCAAGUGUCUGAUGUUGAUGCACUUGGAUUCCCAGCUGUGAUCGGAAUAAAAAUAUUCAAACCUU